GAGCACAGCGUGCGCACUCUGACAACCUAUGGCAAGUUAAUCCCAACGUUCCAAACGAGCCGAGUGGACAGGAAGACAUUCAAAUUGACAAGUGCUUAUAGCAAAUAGAUAGUUGAGUUAAGUGAGGCCAGUUUGGCUGAUUUGGGAUAUUUUCUGAAGUGGCAGGAUGAAAGAAAUUGGGUGGAACUGGUUGGUGCUGUGCACCUUACUGGCUAUCCUAACUGUUCUCACACAGGGAAAGACGGUGAAAUAUCAGACAUUUGAAGAGGACGCACCUGGGACUGUUAUCGGAAACUUGGCCAAGGACAUCUCAUCUACUCACGCAGGCUCUAAGAAUAAUUUUAGGAUGAUGAAACAGUUCAACUCAUCUUUUAUUCGUUUGAGAGAGAGCGACGGGCAACUGAGUAUUGGGGAGAGAAUAGACAGAGAGAAAAUCUGCAAACACACCCUUCACUGCCUCAUUGCAUUUGAUGUGGUCAGUUUCUCCAAAGAGCAGUUCAAACUCAUUCACGUCGAGGUGGAGGUCAAGGACAUUAACGACAACUCCCCCGAGUUCCCCCGGAAAGAGUCGAGUCUAGAGAUCUCUGAGAACACGGCAGUCGGCACAAGGAUCCCGUUAGACUUUGCUGUGGACGAAGAUGUGGGGUUAAAUUAUAUCCAGAGCUACCAAAUUUCUGUUAACAGCCACUUUUCCAUCGACGUGCUCAGCAGAGCCGACGGGGUUAAAUAUGCGGAGCUUGUGCUUAUGAAGGAGCUCGACCGCGAGACACAGGCAUCUUACGCACUGGAGCUGGUCGCUAUGGACGGCGGCAACCCGUCCCGCACAGGAACCACGCGCAUAAACGUCAAGGUGAAAGACUACAACGACAACAGCCCGGUAUUCGACCGGAACAGCUUCUCUGUGGACCUGCCCGAAGAUGCACCGGUUGGGUUCCUUCUGCUGGACCUGAACGCAGAAGACCCGGAUGAGGGGCUAAACGGGGAGGUGGUGUACGGCUUUGGUAACCAGGUGCCUUCUGAGAUAAGGCAACUUUUCAGAGUGGACCGAAAAACUGGACGUCUCACCCUCGAGAGCCCUAUUGACUUCGAGAGUAAGAAUACCUAUGAAUUCGACGUUCAAGCAACCGACCUGGGUCCGAACCCUAGUCCAGCAAUCUGUAAAAUUGUGGUCCAGGUGCAAGACGUGAACGACAACGCACCGGAGAUUUCCAUAACUCCUAUGACGUCUAUCACAGCGGGAAUUGCGUACAUUACUGAAGCAGCGGCACGAGAGAGUUUUGUUGCUUUGGUCAGCACCUCGGACAGGGACUCUGGCGCGAAUGGACAGGUUCACUGCACGCUGUAUGGCCACGACCACUUUCGGCUGCAGCAGGCUUACGAAGACAGCUUUAUGAUUGUGAGUACAAGCCCAUUAGACAGGGAAAAAAUUCCAGAGUAUAAUCUAACGGUUGUGGCUGAAGACUUAGGGUCCCCGCCGUUCAGAACCAUUACUCAGUAUACCAUUCGAUUAACGGACGAGAAUGACAAUGCACCUGUGUUCAGCAAACCUGUGUAUGAGGUGGCAAUAGUGGAGAAUAAUGCACCCGGGGCUUACAUCGCCACCGUGGUCGCGAGAGACAUUGACAUGGGGCAAAAUGGAAAGGUUAGCUACAAGCUCGCAGACACCUAUUUCAUGGGCUCUCCAAUAUCCACGUUCGUUUCUCUGGACCCCGCCAGCGGCUCACUUUACGCUCUCAGGAGCUUCAACUACGAGGUAAUGAAACAGCUAGAGCUCCGAAUCACGGCAAGCGAUAGUGGGUCCCCGCCCCUCACCGGGAGCGCAAACGUGUUUGUGCGGAUAGUGGACCAGAAUGACAAUUCACCAGUAAUAACGCAGCCCACAUUAAAUAAUGGGUCCGCUGAAGUUCUAUUGCCCCGGGACGCGCCAUCAGGUUACGUUAUUACCAGGGUGGAGGCACGAGACGCAGAUGAAGGAGUUAACGCCGAGCUGUCGUAUGGACUGGCCACCGGGGAACCGUCUAUUUUCUCUGUGAACAAAGCCACCGGAGACAUUUAUCUCAACCGCGCGCUCAGUCAUGAAGUGGACGAUAUCCUGAGUGUGACCAUAACGGCCAGUGACAAUGGAAGGCCAGCGCUCACCUCAACUGCCACGCUCCACUUCCUCAUCAUAGCUGGCUCCCCGCCAAGCGACAGGACCGUGUACCAAGCAGGCAGUGGAGAUGAGAUACAAGCGCAGUGGGACCUGUCUGUGGUGAUUAUUGUUGUCCUAGCUGGGAGCUGCACGCUCCUGCUGCUCGCUAUCAUCCUCAUAGCAACUACAUGCAACCGGCGGAAACGAGACAAAACUGGAGAGGACAGCGACUCAUAUGGAGAGAAGGGGUCCCUUGAACGAGGAAGAAACCAUGGCGACAACCCCCUGCUUCCUCUUCAUGGAAACGUGGGAGGAGGCGGAUUUGAAGGACACUCAUACUCCAGCCAGCCCGGUGGCUUUUCCUCUGCUAACCCCGGGGGGAACGAACUGUGCUCGGCCUCGGAGGAUGGCAGUGAAGCACCCUGCGUGUAUAACCCUGACAGCAAACUGUGUGGGAAUAAACUUGAGGGCUAUUCCACUCUACCUGGCUAUGGCAAUGUUAAAGAGGCUGUGAGGCCCAUCACAAUCUGGAAGGGAAACUCCUACACCACUAUUUCUGCACGAGACCCUGCCUUCAGCGGAAAGGACAGUGGGAAAGGGGACAGUGACUUCAACGACAGUGACAGUGAUGUCAGUGGAGACCUGAAGAAAGAGGGGCUUCCUCCCAUUGGCAGCCAGAGUGGUUUGUGGGCAUGCACCAGUGAGUGUAAAAUCCUGGGCCAUUCAGAUCGCUGCUGGAGUCCCUCGGCGGUCAGGGCCAACACCGGAAUAUCACCUGGCCUCUCUCCUGCUCCCACCCUCUCCUCAUUCAGCAGCCUCUCCAAGACGGCCUCCCUGCCCCGGGACCAAAACCGCAGGGACAACUACUACCAGGCCCACAUCCCUAAGACCACAGGCCUGCAGAGCGUGUAUGAGAAGGUGCUGCACAGGGAAUUUGACUUUGUCCUGGUCACCCCGCCCAGACCUGUACACGUGCAGGAGAUCAGUGAUAUCAAUAUCCCUGUCUAUGCUCCUACCACCACACGGUCUCCCAUUCAUGAAGUUUGAAAACAAGACAUACACAGAGACAGAGAGAGAGACUAAAAAAUGCAUUCAAAUGUUAAAGCUACAAUAGGUCAAUUCUUCUGCUCCCCAAUUCUUGUAUGAACACUUGCUUUCCUCCUGCUCCAGUUUGAUGGAUAUUGGUUUCACAAAAUAAGAUAGGGAUGGAGGCAUGCCUUACCAAAGGUGAUUGGCUGGAACAGGAUUGCUGGAUCAUAAUUGUCUGGAAAAUUGCGGCACGCUCCAAGAAUUAUGAACUGACAUUCCACUGGCAGGGAGUUGUCUGUGUUACUAAACAACUCUCAGAGGGCCUCAUUAUCCAAUCAAACAUGUUGAUAGGGGCCAACACUUUUCUUUUUUGACCGAAAUCUUACUUACUGUACCUUUAAUAUAAAAAUAGUAAUAAUGAGAAUCAGUUGAAUCACAGAUGUAUGAUAUUAUUUGUAAGUUUAAAUAUUUGUGUGGUUUUAAAUGUCUCAAUGUGAUGCAUUUUUGUCCAUCCAAUCACUUUAAAUGCUUAUGUGGACAUACUGUAUAUCUUAUGCAACGUUUUGUACAUAUGCUACAGAUAAUUUAUUUUUUAUAAAGUAAUGAUUAAGAACUAAAGAAAUGUAAAUAUGGAUUGUAAUUAAUGAUUCUAAAGCAUGCUCACUAUUUAAAUGGCCCAGAAAC